AUGCCACGACCCCUGACAUUUUACAAGUUACUCUCGGGAGGCCACACCGGGUGGGUGUAUAAGAUAAAUGGCCGGGUUGUCGUGAAAUAUCCCACCCGUCCAAACGAGGAUGAUGGUGAUAAACUGUUUCAGCACGAGAUAGAAUUCUUCGACAUGCUUGAUAAUGUUGAGCCAUGUCCUCACAUAGUCCAGAGCUUUCUACGAGUUCCGGCUGGCAACUUCCUGUCGUACAUGGCUGGUGGUAGUAUACAUGAACGGCUCCUGCUACGACAGACACGCGACGAUCGCAGAGAGUUGACUGGAGUCACUGGAACCGAGCCUCGACAUCUAGUAGAGCGCUGGCUGACAGAACUCUGCGGCGCUGUCUCCUGGCUCGAGUCCCUUCAGUAUGUCCAUGGCGACCUCCGCCCGCCCAAUCUACUACUUGAUGGUCAAGAGCACCUAAAACUCGCAGACUUUGACCGCGUGGCCCGUAUUGGAACAGAUGCAAACGCCGAAGCGCCUCCAUGGGAGCGCGUUUUAGGACCCGAAGCUGGGGAUGAAAGAGGUUCCUUUGGGAAAUACGGCCCAAGGACAGAACAAUUUGCCAUUGGCUCGGUGCUUUAUUGCCUAACUCGCAGCUAUGAGCCUUAUGAAAUGGAUACGUUUGAGGAUCCUGCAGAAGUCGUUGGGAUCAUGCAACGCAUGGAGUAUCCGCCGUUGAGUGAUGAUGACUACUUGGAUGGCAUUAUUGGGAAAUGUUGGCAUAAUCAAUUCGCGCUUCUCAAGGAUCUCUACGAUGAGGUCAAGACAUUGAACGCGGAUGAGGCAACGCGAGAAAGCCUUGUCACACCAGACGACUGUGUAAAAAUCCGAAAUGAGUGUCAAAGUUUUGUGGAUGAAGGCUUACUGGUUCUGGAGUAG